AUGCAGCUUAUCAAAACAGCCGCGACUGCGGCAGUUCUCGCUGGCAGCGCAAGCGCAGCAAACUUCACUGGCGAUGUCCUCAACGGCGUGAAAGUCAUUCAUGACUUGAACUUGGCGGAUCUACCGGCGCAAACCGUUUCGCGUUUCUACCUGCGCGUCGGCGAAGUCAAUGGAGGACAUCCUGUUCAUAUUCCUGUCAUGGUCGCGCGAGGCACAGCGGACAGUUUGAAGACUGGAAAGAAGCUCUCGCUGUCUGCAGCUAUUCAUGGAGAUGAGCUGAACCCUGUACGCGUCGUGCAGCGCAUCUUCGAGCAAUUGGAGGGUCAAGUCGCGACUUUGAACGGCACAGUCAUUGGACUUCCCACUGUCAAUCCGAUGGGUAUCUACAUGAACCAGCGAAAUUACUACACAGCUGGCGCCAGUGGAUCUCUCACGAACGUGAACCGCGUCUUCCCAGGAGUCGCGGCUGCUGAAGGCGGUAGCGGACCACAAUUGCUCGCAUAUAACAUCUGGAACAACAUCUGGGGCAACACAUCUCAAGUGGAUGUUGGCAUUGAUCUUCACACACCUUCAUCCGGUGGUGACACUUCUCUAUGGUGCUACGCCGACUUCAGACUCCCUUACGUCGAGCGUAUGGCCAAGCUACUCCAGCCCGACACCCUCAAGAUCGACCCUGGUGAGCCCGGCUCAAUCGAGACCACCUUCGUUCGCAACAAGGUGCCUUCCAUCACGGUGGAGAUGGGCCAGGCAAAGAUCUGGAACAACAGCCUGAUCGACCGAACCGUGGACUUCGUCAACCGCGUCAUGGUGGACUUGAAGCUCACCCCGUCCAACGCCACCGUCGAGCCAAACCUGAGCAACGUUUAUAUUGCCAACACAUUCCACGAUUCAUUUUCGCAGCAUGGUGGUUUCGUGGAGAGGCUGGUCCAAGUUGACGAGCCGGUCGUCAAGGGCCAGCCCAUUGCGCAUGUCAGGAAUCCAUUUGGCGAUAUCAUCGAGACCCUGGUCUCGCCAGCUAAUGGACGCAUGUUUCAGAGCCCUCGCGACCCCAGUACUGAGCCAGGUGGCUCCGUGGGUCAGAUCGCUUACAACUCAACCGACCCCGAGUGUGCUGAUGGAUGUAUUCUGUCAGGACCUACGAGGCGAUAA